GUAAAAUUGGCACGUAAGCCUCUAGAGAUUAUAUUUUGAACACAUACAAAAGCCUUCAGUUAACUUUUAUAAUAGAGCCAACAUGUCGGAAAACUCGCAUAAAUCAAUCACACUAAAAGAAAAGCUAUCUAUAUAUUUUCGCGAGUAUAGCUUAUUUACAGGUAUUCACGGUGUUGCUUUUGUUGCUGAAAAACGAACCUGGUGUGAAAAGCUUUGGUGGAUAUUUGCAAUAUGUUGUUCAUUGUACUGUUGCAUAUAUUUGAUAAUGCUCACUUGGAACAAAUGGAUUACGACUCCAGUAAUUGUUAGUUUUGCGACGCAAGAGACACCUAUUUUUGACAUUCCACAUCCUGCCGUAACAAUUUGCCCAGAAGUCAAAACAAGACCUAAUAUUUUCAACUACACUGAUUUAUUGUUUAAGAAAGAGGAUGGUAUUCAGCUAGAUCCAGAAAUAGAGCAACAAUUCAGUUACAUCUCAGAAGUUUGCAUAUUCCAUCCAGAGUUGAAAUAUCCUGUUCCAAAAUAUUUUGAUGAUGGUAUUUAUGAGUUUUUUGAGAAAACUUCUCCGAAGUUUUAUGAAGAUAUUAGAGACUGUUGGUUUAUGGGGCAAGAAUAUAAUUGUAAAGAUCUUUUCAAGCCUAUUAUAGCAGAUGAAGGUUUAUGUUACACCUUUAAUUUACUAGACAGAUCUGAUAUGUUAGCAGAUUCAAUUGUUCACUUCAAAAACUAUCAUAAAAUGUCAGAGGGGAAAGCUGAUUGGUCUUUAUCGAAAGGAUAUACAACUGCAAAAGGCAGAGAUGUUUAUCCAAAAAGAGCACUCUAUGCUGGAGCACUUUUCGCUCUUGAACUGAAAUUUAUGGUUAAUGAUGAAGAUUUGGAUUUCACUUGUGGAACAUCUAUUCAAGGUUAUAAGAUUCAGAUCCAUCAACCAGGAAUGUUGCCUCGUCCAAAAAACCAGCACUUCAGGAUACCGCUGGACCAGUCAGUAAUUGCAGCAGUGAUGCCUAACAUGAUCACAACUUCAGCUGCUGUAAAAAAUUACUCGCCUGAAAGAAGAAAAUGCUAUUUUUCCUCUGAAAGACAGUUAAAAUAUUUCAAAGCCUAUAACCAACAAAAUUGUCAAAUUGAAUGUAUUACUAAUUAUACUCUAAGUAAAUGUGGAUGUGUUGAUUUUUACAUGCCAAGAGAAGCUGCAACUCCUAUUUGUGGAACACCAAUGAAAAGCUGCGUGAAGAAAGCGGAUGAUGAUCGUUUAAACGAUGGAAUUGAUGCGCAACUAAACGAAAGAAUUGGAUUAAAAUUUGAACCUUCAGAAGUCUACAAGGACACCCUUAAAUGUGACUGCCUUCCAGAAUGCACCUCGAUGUCGUACAUUGUCGAAAACUCACAGUCUGAUUGGGAUUGGAUCAAAAAAUAUCAGUUCGAUCGUAAAUCACCAUCUUACAACAAAACAAAGAUUCACAUGUCUUAUCUUCAAGUGUUCUUCAAGUCUAAUCAGUUUAUAACUUCUGAAAGGAAUGAGUUAUAUGGUCCUACAGAUUUCGCUGCCAAUGUUGGAGGUCUUUUGGGACUUUUUACAGGAUUCUCCGUUUUAUCUUUGGUGGAACUUAUCUACUUCUUAACAUUGAGGAUUUUUUGUAAUAUUAAGUUGUAUGGUGUCAAAUAUUGGUAUGGAAAAUUCGAAUAGAUAUGUACAAUUUAUUUUAACAAUGCAAUAAAAUAAUAUGUUUAUGCGUA